AUGGGCGCCGUUGGCUCAAAAAACAAGGAGCCGAAGCCAUAUCCAUUCCCAUUUCCUCACCAUCCGAGCCAAUACAAUCCCGCAGCCUACCCGCCGUGGGCGUCAGUUCCGUGGCAAGGGCAGUACGAUGACAAGUACCUCUCGAUGAUGGGGUACCCUACCCAACAUCGCAAGAAGAAGAAGGGAAAGAAUCAAAUGGUGAAUCCGGCGAUGGGAUGGGCGCAGGGAUACGCGCCGUUCCCGUACCCGGCUGUCCAAGGCUACCCAAUGCCACCAUAUGCGCCCCCCGUGAUCCCAGGAAUGACAUACGCACCAAUGAUGCCAAUGCCAAUGCCCCAACCCUCUGCUGCUGCUCCUGCGAACGCACCCGUCAUCCCUCAAGGUGCCACAGGACCUGCGCCCACUCAUCAGCCAGUGGUGCCUACCAUGCCGACCGCACCUGCCCAUAAUAUGCCUGGAACAGUAAACCAACCGCCACCGCUGUUUACGCCGGGUGAUGGCGCCGCUCUUCAGUCCUUUCCGGGCGCAGAACUCACGUCCCCACCUCCCAUCCGUCGAUCGCAAACACCAUUUCAUCGGCGGGCUUCCCCCGAAGACAGCGACGAAAGCGACGAUACCCCUCCACCACCUCAGGCAGAUCUACAACGAUCAGCAUCACACUCGCGUCAAGCAAGCCACAGCGAUAACAUCACCGCGGUUCUUGGUUCACAUACUCCGGCGCAACCAGGCGCUUUCGGUCCUCCUGGCGGUCAUCGCCAUACAACCACCUCGAAUACGAACCCCAACCCCCUGCCUCCCCCUCCGAAAGACUUGUACGAAACGUCCCCCUACAAAAAUCUCCUGAAUUUGCCGCAGACUACGACUUUACUCCAGGCGGCUUAUGCAGCUCAACAAGACGCUGAUAGAAGUGGGACAUCCGCGCCAGCUGCUACUGCGUCAUCGUCACACCACCGUGCGCCCGUCGUGCCUUCUGGUGCAGAUUUGUCUCGAUCGCACACGGAGGCAAAGAAGAAGGGUAGAUUUGGGCUCUUCAGAUCACUCACUGGGGGCGGCGGUUCGAAGCCCAGGCACGAUAUCCCUGGCCCUUCUAAUGCACCCCCAGCUCCUACGACACACAGACCGAAUGCAGGGUUCGUCCCCGUAUUCGCCCCGGUCAACGAUUCGCACGCCCGAAGGGGAGCUGGCGAUAGCCAUUCAGUCUCUACUAUGGACGCCCCACAUGACGCCUCUUCGUCUGCGCAUGCGCAUGCACCCUCGAAUUCUGCCCCAGGUUCCCACAUUCCGAUGAUCGACCAGUCUUUACCUCCCAUUCGUUUCACCCAAACCGGCGAUCUUGCGGGAUUUCUGAAUCACUCUCCCCAUCGUGUUCUCCACCAGCAGAAGAUCUACCCUAGCGCAACACAUCUAUUUGAGGCGAUGAAGUACCUCGAAGGUGGUCCUGGCCAACAACCGAGACCUGAUCUCGCUGAACGAAUCAGAGCGUGUCCGAACGUUGCUGAUGUGUAUCCCUUGAGUGCCGAGUUCCAGUCGAAGGGAUGGGUUCGAAGCGACUGGGGACUGGUGUUCAAUACCUGCAUGGAUGAGGUGCUGUAUCUGAAAUUCCGGCAACAUCCUAAUCUGCGAAAUAAUCUCAUGCACACUGGGCUCGCCCCAAUCAUCUAUGAGGACCCAAAUGAUGACUAUUGGGGCGACGGUCCCCACGGUGAGGGCGCCAACGAACUGGGGUCAGCGCUUGUCAGAGUGCGGGCGAAGCUGAGAGCGGAUGGUCUUGGGGUCUAG